AUGCAGGCCGCAAGACGGCUCGGGAAGCGGCUCCCGCUGCUGCCUCCCACACGCCACGCGCCGUCCAUCCGAAAGAUAACCUCCCUGCAACGUGAGCCGGCGCCCCCCUCGGCGCGCGCCCAAGAUCACGACAGACGAGACCGGUACCCCCCCGCCGAUGCCCUCCGCCAAGGGUCCCGAGUCGAGACUUCCGACGGCGACGUCCUCCUCCGAAGAAUCGGCAAGUGCCUCUCCUUUGGCUGCACCCCUCCGCAGACCGCCGACGCCGCCGCCCUCGUCCGCGACAUCGCCGACAACUGGUUGGCCAUCCAGAUGACCCUCGCGGCCCGCAGCCCGCAGGCGCGGGACCUCGUCUAUACCGGCGCGCUGUGGAAGGACAGCGCCGACAGGAUUCUCGACCCAUCAACGCCCCGGCCCUGGAAGGGCAUCGGCCGCCACGCCCAACUUGUCCGCGUCGGCCAGGAGGCCGCCGUGCGCUUUCUCGACUACAGCCUUGCGACGGCACCCCCCAGGUAUCAAAAGAUGUGGGAGAAGCUGAGAGACGAGGGCGAACGGAACCACGGACAUGAAGUACCCCCCCAUCUGGAGCUGGCCGAUGUCUGGCUCGCCCAUGUUGACAACCGCGUGCUGCAAACCCAGAAUGUCAGCGCCCUCGCCCGGCUCGACUCCCACAAGAGAUUCCUCGACAAUGGCGAGUUUACUUUGACUGUCUCUAUAUGGUCACACAGGUACAUCGCCAAGCUAGCAGAUGCCACCGUCUUGGUGACGUACAACACGAACACGGCGCACCGAAACGAGACUUUCCUCAACAAGGAGCUACGGCGCAUGGCCGACCUCGGGCUGGACCCCCCAAAGGCAUAUCACCAGGCCAUGCAAAAAGGAGAGGCCGUCUUGUGCGCCGUUGAGAAACUGGAAAAGGACACCUGGGACAGCGCCGACGCUGUCGAGGAUUUCGGCUCUGCCUCCACUGCCUAA